AUGCAGACGCAACCUAAUAUUCUCGGAUCACUUACUCUUAAAGCUCUCCUAGAGGAUCCAAACUUGAAAAAUCCACCCUCGGUGGGUCUAUCGAGCGAGUACCUCAAGGUUAAGACAGAAGAUGUGUCUGAACUACCCCAGUUCAAUUAUGGCUCAGCUUUUCUUGGUCCAAAUCUGUGGGAUAGGUCACUGGGCAAUUCAGAUUUUAAUCUUGAAUAUAUGGACCUGGACGAGUUCUUGUCGGAAAAUGGCAUUCCCAUCAGUACUGAUGAUACACUCAAGGAUUUGCAAGCAGCAAAAUGUGAUGAACCUUCACUCAGCAAAAAUGAAUCACCAAGUCACUUUCCCUGCAGUCCACAUCCAUAUCUGAAGUCUAAACCGCCUAGUCCCUCUACAAAUAGCUUAACAUCCAUUAGCUGUACGAGUCCCUCAUCUCCUGUCAUCGUGGAUUUCCAAGUUACCGAGCAGGACCUAUCUCUGACAUCAGUAUCAGGUGAGAAAAGUUUUGACCCUCGGCUGAGAAAUUUCAGUGAAGAAGAGUUGAAGCCACAACCAGUAAUUAAAAAGUCUAAGAAAAUGUUUGUCCCAGAGGAAUUGAAGGACGACAAAUACUGGGCUCGUCGAAACAAGAAUAAUUUUGCAGCAAGACGUUCCCGCGAUGCACGUCGUGUGAAGGAAAACCAGAUUGCCUUGAGAGCUGCGUUCCUAGAAAAAGAGAAUACAUGUCUUCGUGAAGAGGUAACUAAACUCCAGAAAGAGAAUGCCCAGCUAAGAGCAAAUGUGGCAAAAUAUGAAGGCACAUUAUAA